CUCAGUGCUUUGAGCCGGAGCGCAGCGCUCAUCCAGCGGACGGAGUGUCCUCAAUCCUCGGCAAAUUUACACCAUAAUUACCAGAGAACAGGCCGCCAUGCGCGCACUAAACUAACGGGUUACCAUCCACCUCGGAACGAGACGGCGGAUUUUGAGAAAAGCGCUUUAUUUCGGGCCAGCUCUCCGCCCGAACAUGUUUGGGAUUAAUUGAGCUACUACCAUCUGAAGAUCACAUUUUUUUCCCCAGCGCGUGGAGCCUCAGAUCCGCACUGGGACGAAGAGAAAGGUCUCAACGCUCUCUAUUAUCGUCUCGUGCGCUGUCGAAACGAGAAAAGGGACCAUGCGUGAGUAACAGGUUUCUGUGGCGGGACCUCAAGCUCCUCCCCUCAUCUGGAGCCCCUGCGCUGUAGGAUACGAGACCGCCUUCCUUCACCCACUCUGACCUCAGUUCGACAGGUGUGAAGAUGAGGAAGUUUGCGUACUGUAAGGUGGUGCUGGCCACUUCUCUGGUGUGGGUGAUGAUAGACAUGUUCAUCCUUCUCUACUUCAGCGAAUGCAACAAAUGUGAUGAAAAAAAAGAGAGAGGAUUGCCGGGGAGAGACACUUUGGUUCAGAGGCCUCAUGAUGGCCCUGGGGAGAUGGGAAAGCCAGUGGUCAUCGCUAAAGACCAGCAAGAGAAGAUGAAGGAAAUGUUUAAGAUAAAUCAGUUUAACCUGAUGGCCAGCGAGAUGAUCGCACUCAACCGAUCUUUACCGGAUGUCCGACUCGAGGGGUGUAAAACAAAGUUGUAUCCUGACGAUCUCCCACGCACCAGUGUGGUGAUCGUGUUCCAUAAUGAAGCGUGGACCACACUGCUCCGAACAGUCCACAGCGUCAUGGACAGGUCUCCCAGACACCUGCUAGAGGAAAUCGUGCUAGUGGAUGAUGCCAGUGAGAGAGACUUUCUGAAGCGGCAGUUGGAGCAGUAUGUGCGAAAGUUGGAGGUGCCGGUCAGGGUGGUACGGAUGGAGCAGCGCUCGGGUCUGAUUCGUGCUCGGUUGAAGGGGGCGUCCAUCUCCACAGGUCAGGUGAUAACCUUCCUGGAUGCCCACUGUGAGUGCACCACCGGCUGGCUUGAGCCUCUCCUCGCUCGCAUCAGACUUGACAAGAAAACCGUAGUGUGUCCCAUCAUUGACGUGAUCAGUGAUGACACAUUUGAGUACAUGGCAGGGUCUGAUAUGACAUACGGUGGGUUCAACUGGAAACUGAACUUCCGCUGGUAUCCGGUUCCACAGAGAGAGAUGGACCGCAGGAAAGGAGACAGAACGCUGCCUGUCAGGACCCCCACCAUGGCAGGUGGUCUCUUCUCCAUAGACAGAGAUUAUUUCCAGGAGAUUGGCACAUACGAUGCAGGGAUGGACAUCUGGGGAGGAGAGAACCUGGAGAUCUCCUUUAGGAUUUGGCAGUGCGGGGGCACGCUUGAGAUUGUCACAUGUUCUCACGUCGGUCACGUGUUCCGUAAGGCGACGCCGUACACGUUCCCUGGUGGAACUGGGCAAAUCAUCAACAAGAACAACAGACGGCUGGCAGAGGUCUGGAUGGAUGAGUUCAAGAACUUCUUCUACAUCAUCUCACCUGGUGUGACUAAAGUGGAUUAUGGAGACAUCUCUGUCAGAGCAUCCUUGAGACAGAGACUGCAGUGUAAGCCGUUCUCCUGGUACCUUGAAAAUGUCUACCCCGACUCCCAGAUACCGCGCCACUACUACUCGUUGGGAGAGAUCCGUAAUGUGGAGACUAACCAGUGUCUGGAUAACAUGGCCAGGAAAGAGAAUGAGAAAGUGGGCAUUUUCAACUGCCACGGCAUGGGCGGCAACCAGGUUUUUUCGUACACGGCCAAUAAAGAGAUCCGAACUGAUGACCUCUGUUUGGAUGUGUCCAAACUCAAUGGCCCGGUUAUGAUGCUCAAGUGCCAUCACUUGAAAGGCAACCAGCUCUGGGAAUAUGACCCUUUGAAGCUGAGUCUGAUACACGUGAACAGUAAUCAGUGUUUGGACAAGGCGUCUGAAGAUGACAGUCAGGUGCCCAGCGUCAAGGACUGCACCGGGGGCCGCUCGCAACAGUGGCUCCUCCGUAACGUCACACUGCCCGAGAUAUUCUGAGAUCGCACACGGAUGGACAGAUGGACAGACUCUCACAGCGAUGCUGAUGGAGAGAGAGCGUGAGAGAGAAAGGACUGCUUUCCUCUCAAUCCUGGUGGUCUGCCUUCAAAAUGAUCUAAAAGAACAGAACCGCAUAUGUAUAUGAAUCUCCCCAUCACUCCACCUUGCAGAGGAAAAAAAAACGAACGA